AUGGGGAGGUAUGCACAGCUGGUGAUUGGGCCAGCGGGGAGUGGAAAGUCAACUUAUUGCGACAAUCUGCGCCAGCACUGUGAGACAGUGGGGAGAAGCGUUCAUGUCGUCAACCUAGAUCCUGCAGCAGAUGUAUUCCACUACCCUGUGGCCUUUGACAUCAGGGACCUCAUUUCCCUGGAAGAUGUCAUGGAGGAGCUCAAGCUAGGCCCCAACGGGGGCCUGCUGUAUUGCAUGGAGUACCUGGAGGAGAGCCUGGAAGACUGGCUGGGGGAGCAGCUCCAGGGGUAUGGAGAGGACGACUACCUGGUUUUCGACUGCCCGGGCCAAAUCGAGUUGUACUCGCACAUCAGCGUCUUCCGCAGCUUUGUGGACUUCCUCAAGCGCGACGGCUGGAGCGUGGCGGCGGUAUACUGCACGGACUGCCAAUUUGUGGGGGACCCCACUAAGUUCAUUGCGGGGUCGCUGCAGGCCAUGGCAGCCAUGGUGCAGCUGGAGCUGCCCCACAUGAACCUGCUCACCAAAGUUGACCUCCUGGGCGACGAGAACAAGGCUGCGUUGGAUAACUUCCUGUUCCCGGAGGCGUCCAGCCUGGCAGCUGAGCUGGACCGCAGCACGAGCCCCGGCUUUCGGCGGCUGAACGCGGCGGUGGCUCAGCUGGUGGACGAGUGGAGCAUGGUCGCCUUUGCCGCGCUCGAUUACUCCGACGAGGAGAGCAUUGGCGACGUGCUGGCCCAGAUCGACCACUGCAUACAGUGGGGUGAAGAUGCGGACGUGAAGAUCCGGGACCUUGAUAUGGGUGAAAUGGGCGGAGAAAACAUUUGAGAAGUCUGGCGAUAGUUUCAUACAUGUGAGCAUCGAUUUAGGCAACAGAAUGUUUUAUAAACCAUAGGGGGUAUGCCUGCCAUGCGACUGCAUUGUAGCAUGAGAUGCAUCCAACAAUUGCUCUGCUGUUUUGAUUGCUUCCUUAGUCAGUGAUAGUUUGAAUUUUUUUCAGUUCAUGUGUUUCCCCCUGGAGAUCGAUCUGGUUCCACCUGGCACCUGCUCCACCAUGCAUGACCACCUUUGGGCAGCCAGAAGCUCCAUGAGUAAAACCAAGCCUCUUGA